UCAUUUCAGUUAGUUGAGCAUGCAAUCGCUAUGUUUUUUUCUUUUUUCUUUUUCUAUUCACCGAAAGAACUGUCAGACUUGACAAGGAAAAUAUCUUGAGUUUAAAAGAAAAGUUCCCCCCACCCUCCUUCUCACGUCUUAAGCCUUCUUGGCCAAUCAUCUCUCUUCUUACAAACACUUUACCAGACUAUAAGAACUCCCCAACUUUUUCGUUUCAACCUAACUCAAAGUUGCUUGGAAUCCUGGAUACCUACUUCCUCCAGAAUAAGAAACGUACGCUUGGAAUUGUAUUUCACCCUCAUGAGGGAAUAACGUCUUUAGGCUAUUCGCACGCGCUUUCAGCAGACUUGAGCGAGAUGCCCGAAGAGCCCGCGCGAGACUCCUCCAGCUCACCCGUGUCUCCAGCGGACAGCCUCAGCAACAGCGACGGAGAGCCCGACAGGCCACCAAAGAGAAGCGGGAGAAAAAGACGGUCGAGCAGGAAAAACGGGGAGGAUUCCGACAGCUCGACCCUUGGGAAAAGGGGGAAAAAGUCUAGCAACAGCAGCAACAGCCCUCAGUCUUUUGAGGAGCUGCAGACACAGCGCGUGAUGGCGAACGUGCGCGAGCGACAGAGGACGCAGUCGCUCAACGAAGCGUUUGCGGCUUUGCGCAAAAUCAUCCCAACUUUACCAUCCGAUAAACUGAGCAAAAUACAGACGCUGAAACUCGCCGCCAGGUACAUCGAUUUUCUCUGUCAGGUUCUACAGAGUGACGAGCUGGACUCCAAGAUGGUGAAAGCCACGAACUUGGAAAACACGAGGACCAAUGCGCCGACACAGUGCUAGAUUCCUUCAUAAUCUUGGGGAAAACGGCAUAUGUUCCAACAGAGGUCAUGGCUAUUAUCGAGAGAAGGCCACGGACAGCGAUUUGUUGCGCGUGCGCUGCAUAUGGACUUCCUCGCGAGUGUUAUUAUUGACGACGAAUGUUGGAAAUGUGUGCAUAUGCAUGUUUUUUUAUUUUUAGUUUUUUGAAGAUUGAGCUGUGCAUAGCUUUCUUGGAGAAAGUGAAAUUGCAUCACAAGGACUGUCGAUGAGAAGAUGGGGAAUGAAGCCUCUAGUUCGAAUCCUGUGCAAAAUACAAAGUUUUAGUACAAUUCUAUUUAUUUAUUGAUGACACACUUUUUGAAAUGAAGGCAAAUGUAUCCUGUGUCGAAAUGCAUUCUUAUUUUUUGUUACUUUUGUAAAUAAAUGUGUAUUUCUGCAAUAAAGAGGAAGAACUUUUAAGAAAUA